CUGGUCAUGGUGGAACUAUCAGGAAUUAUUGAUUCAGACUUCUUAGAAAAAUGUGAAAACAAAUGCAAGAUUUUGGGAAUAGAGACAGAGAGGCCCAUUUUACAAGUGGACAGAUAUGUAUUUGCAGGAGAAUAUGAAGAUACCUUGGGAACCUGUGUGGUUUUUGAAGAAAGCACAGAGCACGUAGAUGCGGAAGGCAACCAAAAAGUACAGCUGAAAUACAAGUGCCACACAAUGAAGAAGUUGAACAUGACACGGACGCUUUUGACAGAGAAGAAGGAAGGAGAAGAGAACGUUGGUGGAGUGGAGUGGUUACAGAUCAAGGACAGAGAUUUUUCCUACAGCAGGCCUAAUACGAUUUGCAGCUUUCUGCGUGAAAAAGAAGAUUCUGAGGAGUCAGCUCAGGCCCAGGAUAAACUGACUGAAGAGUCAGAGGGAGAGGUGAGUGGCGGAGGAAAUUCUGACGUGAAUUGUGACCUGGAGAAGCAGCACGGCUUGGAAAUAGAUGCCUCUCUCCCUCUGCCUGACAGCCCUGCUUCUGAGGCAGAGGAUUCUCCUUCUGGAAGUGUUGCCUUAGAUGAUGCCCCUCCAUGA